AUGUUGUCCAAGACACUACUAUCCUCAGCCCUUGCGGCACUCUCUUUGUUGCCAUCUACUAGUCAAUUCAACAAACGCGAUCUUAAAUUCAACUAUGGCGGUGAGAAAGUCCGAGGAGUCAACCUUGGUGGUUGGUUUGUCCUCGAGCCUUGGAUCACUCCCAGCAUCUUCGAGGCAACGCCCGACAAUGUAGUGGACGAAUACACCUACUGCCAAACACUUGGCUCCACCGAAGCAUACAACAGACUCUCGAACCAUUGGAACACUUGGAUCACGGAAGACGAUUUGCACCAAAUCGCAGCCGCAGGCAUGAACCACAUCCGCAUUCCCAUCGGCUACUGGUCAAUCAUCAAAGACGACAACGCACCAUACGUACAAGGCGCAUACGAAUUCCUCGGUCGUGCAUUGGACUGGGCAAGCGGCGCAGGCCUCAAANCACCCUAUUCGCAAAACGGCUUCGACAACUCUGGACAAAGAGGCGGUGUUGGCUGGGGUCAAGGCGAUUCGAUCAGCAGAACCAUUUCUGCACUCAACAAGAUCCGCGAUGACAUGGGCAACCACCCUGCCGUCUCCACUAUUGAGCUUUUGAAUGAGCCAAUGGGUUCGUCGAUUGGCAUGGACAAGGUUCGCCAGUUCUACAUGGACGGAUGGGGUAAUCUCAAGUCUACCAACCUGGUCGUCACUUUCCACGAUGCCUUUGCUGGUGUCAAUUCUUGGAAUGACUGGGGUAGUGGCAUGUGGAACUUGCUGCUCGAUACUCAUCACUACGAGGUCUUUGACAGUGGUGUUUUGAAGAACGACAUCGGCACCCACAUCUCCAGCGCUUGCUCAUUCGGCGCCUCUAUGGCAACCAACAACAAGUGGACGAUCUCUGGCGAAUGGACUGGAGCGAUGAGUGAUUGUGCUCAGUGGCUGAACGGUAGAGGUGUCGGAGCAAGAUACGAUGGCACAUACAACUACAAUGGUCAAUCAUCAUCCUACAUCGGAAGCUGCGACGGCAAAUACCACGGCACAGUCGCUGGCCUCGAUGCCACCUACAGAGACAACGUCGGCAAGUUCAUCGAAGCUCAACUCGACGGCUACGAGAAGGCUGCCGGCUGGAUCUUCUGGACAUGGAAGACUGACCCUGGUCAAUGCAAUUAG